CAGCCUGUGAUUGGCUGUUGCUGGCAGAGCGUGUCUGCUGGAGGAGGUUUACCCUGAGAGCAGGGCUGAGUGAGAGCAGGACAGUGGGAUACACUGACCCUGUGUAUUAGGUGCCAGUCCUGAUAUCAGGGUGUUUGAGCCAAGUUCACCCCACCUCUCCAUCCCUGAUCCCAAGGACCCACUGCCUGACCCAACAUGCGGCUCCUGAGGGUCCUGAUGAGGAGCGCCCCUCUUACCAGCAGCAACAGCACCCACAGCCUGGUGGACUUCUACUCCAAGUUCUCCCCGUCCCCCUUGUCCAUGAAACAGUUCCUGGAUUUCGGUACUGUGAAUGCUUGUGAAAAGACGUCAUUUAUAUUCCUAAGGCAAGAAUUGCCUGUAAGAUUAGCAAAUAUAAUGAAAGAAAUAAACCUGCUUCCAGAUAACCUACUGAAAAUGCCUUCCAUUAAACUGGUAGAAAGCUGGUAUAGUCAGAGUUUUCAAGAGAUUACUGAUUUUAAAGACCGAAAUCCGGACGAGCCAGAAUCAAUCCGGGAUUUUACAGAUACUGUGAUAACGGUCCGAAAUCGGCACAAUGAUGUGGUCCCAACGAUGGCACAGGGAGUUGUCGAAUAUAAAGACAGUUUUGGAGCUGAUCCAGUAACGUCACAGAAUGUCCAGUAUUUUUUAGAUCGUUUCUUCAUGAGUCGCAUAUCGAUUAGAAUGCUGCUUAAUCAACACACAUUGCUCUUUGGUGGGAAAAUGAAGGUUAAUCCUGCGCAUCCAAAAUAUAUUGGCAGCAUUGAUCCUGCCUGUAACGUUGUUGAAGUUAUUAAAGAUGGAUAUGAGAAUGCUAAACACCUGUGUGACCUGUACUACAUGCACUCCCCGCAAUUAGAACUAACAGAGUUUAAUGCUGAAAAUCCAGGACAGACUAUCCAAGUGGUGUAUGUGCCAUCACAUCUAUACCACAUGGUGUUUGAACUUUUCAAGAAUGCUAUGAGAGCCACAAUUGAGUUCUAUGCGGAAAGUGGGAACUACCCACCAGUGAAGGUUCACGUGGCCUUGGGCAAUGAAGAUUUGACAAUUAGGAUGAGUGAUCUUGGGGGUGGUGUACCCCUUAGGAAGAUUGACCGAUUGUUCAACUACAUGUACUCUACAGCUCCACUUCCUAGAUUUGAGACUUCGCGUGCUACACCACUGGCUGGGUUUGGAUAUGGCUUGCCUAUAUCACGUCUUUACGCGCAAUAUUUUCAAGGAGAUUUGAAACUGUAUUCUUUGGAGGGCUAUGGAACGGAUGCUGCAAUAUACAUUAAGGCUUUAUCAACUGAUUCAGUGGAGAGACUUCCUGUGUACAAUAAAUCUGUAUGGAAGCAUUACAAAACAAACCAAGAAGCAGAUGAUUGGUGUGUACCUAGUAGUGAGCCCAAAGAUAUGACUACUUUUCGCAGCAGUUGAUUCUUUAAAACUUUGAACCACAACCAGUAUCCUCUUUGAACCUGGUGUUUUCAUCAUGUAUCUUUUUUUUUAAAAAAAAAUGUGACCCACCGAGUGCAAAUGAAUACUUCCGCUUAUAUUUUGCUACAUUCAUAAAUGUAUGUGAACACGUCCAUUCUUCACACAAAUUUCAAAUAAUAAUUAUUUUUUCUACUUGCUGGGAGAGCCAGUACCCCCUCUAUAUUAAGGAUGGCCAAAAGAUAGUGCUUGAAGUAAAACCAGCACCUCUGUAGCACUUGUGUGACAUUGUCACCUUAAAUGCUCAAAUGCAUUCAGUAUCUGCACAGAAAUGCCAUAUAUGUGAUUGUGUACUUGAGCAUUUCUUCAGUAGUAUCAAACUCAUGCGUACAUAAUUUUUCAGGCCUUGCAUGCCAAAAUUAAAACUACAGCGAUUUUUUUUGUAAAAUAAAAGCACAACUGUAGUUAGCUUUAAGUUGACUGUCGAGUUUUGAAAAAUAAAAAUCUCUGUAGUUCUGCUUUGGGGCUGGCAAAGAAUCAUGGUAGUUGUAGUUCUGCAAUAGCUGGGUAUCUAUCUUUUGGCUAUCUCUUGUCUUGCAUCUGUUCCAGUUCUGGAAUGGUUCUUGGGAACAAAUGUUGAAAAAGGGGCUUCCUGUAACCGGCUAGGUGAAAAAAUAUAAAAAAAUUGAUUUUUAAAGUUUUUUUUCUUAUUUAUACAUAUCACUGUAUGUGUUUGUCAGCAUGCACACACAUAUGAUUUGCUUAAAUUAGGAUAUUGGAAAUACUAAGCUGUAUACAUUUUUAGUUGUUAAUUUAAAAAUUAUUUUUCCAUAGCUGCAUUUUACUUUCAUUUGU